AUGGCCAACUCGAUGCCCCCACAAAAAUAUGCCAUGCUAGAGCAACAAUCCUCCCUCCACCCACCCCCAUACCGCCGCAAUGUCCCCCGGUACCACUCCGGUCACCACAAGUCCGGUGGAGGCUGCCUGAAAUGCAUCUGCUGCUGCUACUGUUUCCUCAUCAUCUUGAUUUUCCUCCUCGCCGGCAUCACCUUCUACUUCUACACCGUCUUCCAGCCCAAGGUCCCGUCCUACCAAGUAGAACACCUUGACGUCAAGGCCUUCGACAUGCAGAUGGACUUCAGCCUCAACACCGAGUUUCUUGUCACCGUAAAAGCUGAUAACCCGAACCAGCACAUUGGCUUCAUCUAUGGCAAGGACAGCUCGGCCAUCGUCAUGUACUCAGACUCCCAGCUUUGUUCUGGGCGGCUUCCAGCUUUCCAACAAGGCCCUAAGAACAUAACUCUGAUGAAGGUGGUGAUGAAGGGGAAGAGUGAGUUCGGUUCAGGCCUGCAACAAGCCUUGAUUGAGAACAGAGAAAAUGGGAAAAUCCCUUUGCUGAUCAAAGUAGUAGUACCGGUACGGGUGGUGGUAGGAAGUGUCCAAAUGAGGCAGUUCAAGGUUCUGGUUAACUGUUCUUUGGUCAUAGAUAACUUGGCUCCCAAAAAGAAAGUUAGGAUUUUGUCUACCAAGUAUGCUAUCAGUGUCCUCUUCUGA